UCAAGUCUCUUAAUACCUCAAAAGCACACACAGCCAGCCAACCAACCAACAAACCAAAUAAACAACCAACAGCACGUCGACUAGUACUAACCUACCCCAGCACACGGACCGUUCGAACGCCUGACCAAACCGCAUCACCGCCCCAGUGAACACACAAAAAUAUUAAAAUUGUACAAAGUACGAAUCGAAUCGAAGGAGUUGCAACGCCAAUUGUGAUUGCUACAGAUAAAGGCAACGCGCGGUUAACUUCAAAAAAACGCAAACUAAGGAAAAAAUAUUAUUUAUAUUUUUUGUUUUUACUACCAAACCAAAUACGAAAAAAUUUUACUAAUUUUUUUGUUUUGUUUGUUUUCAAAACUGCAACUUUUUUUUUGUUUUUUUUCAAAGUGCACCUUGGCUGUGUUCCACCAAUUGUGCUUUUGAAGCGAAGCGAAAAUUUGAGUAAAUAAUAGAAAUCCAAAGCGGAUAGCAAAGAAAUUAGUGGUGUUAAAAUAAAAGUGUAUCUAAUUUGCAUAAAAAGUGCAUAAAAGUGUUUGAAGUGUAAUUGUAGCAUUUGCUUUUUCGGAGAAAAAGUUCGCAUUGCAAUUGUUGUGAUUUGUGCAUUUUUUGGGUGCAAUUACCAUUACUGGCAGUCUACGUGGAUUCGCAACUAAUUUGUGACAGUAAAACAACAAAAUGAAAUACUUCGCUUGCCUUCUUGCCAUCUGCAUGACACUGGCUCUGGUUGCCGGUCAACAGUUCUUCCCCAUUCCAAGAAAGUUCAACUACAAUCCAUUGGGCGCUGGUGGUCUUUCGUCUCCAAAUGCAAUCCGGGAUGCGCGCAAUGACCGAGGUCCCGUACUCUUCCCACCAUCGCCACCAAAUCCCUACGAUGAGAGCAGCGGCGUGAUCGUUGGCGCUUCCGGAUAUGGUUUCGUGCCGCCACAACAACAAAAUUCUGCGGAAGCAUACUACAGCACCGCUUAUCGAGUACCUGCCACUUCGUACACAGCGUUUAACUACUUCAGCAAUCCAUACUCGCAUCAGUUUACUUUGUUUUGAAUGCGUCCGAAACCAGUCAUAGUUAUAUGUAGAAAUGUACUAAAUGUUGUAGUUAAAAAAAUGUUAAUUGAAAAAACUCAAAUA